CCAGACUGUUGUUGGGUGCAGAAGAGAAUGCGUAAGUCACAUUUUGGGAAGAAUCCUGCGAGGAAAUCACGCGAACGGACCCAAACGCCCGUCGAACUUUGUACGUAACUGUGACCUUUAGUGGAACGAUUCCAGCCAUGGAAUACAAAGUGGAAGCUCACCGGAUUAUGAGUAUUUCCUUAGGGAAAAUCUACAACUCUCGCGUCCAACGAGGGGGCAUUAAAUUGCAUAAAAAUCUCCUGGUAUCUCUGGUCCUUCGGAGCGCUCGUCAGGUGUACCUGAGCGACUAUUAUAGCGGCUCUUGCCUGAACGCUCAGAACGAACGCGAAGGAAAGGAAUGGGAAGCUAUAGACUCAGAGCGGGAGAAAUUCCCGCCCUCCGCAACGGAAUGUGACCAAGUAGAGAGCCCUGCGGAACCCCAACCAACUGAACGGCGCCAAAUGGACGACGCUUUUGAGAAAGACCACGAUGAAGAGAUUAAACCAGACCCAGGGCAUUGUACUUCCACUUUACAACAAGAGCAAAACCGAAACUCCUCUUUGGACUCUACUGACAACGUUUCAUCUGAAACAGUACCGGUGUCUGAAACCAUUAGCGAACCCAAGCAAAACCAGGAGAGUCCAUCGGACAGUACUGUAGUAGAGAGGAAAGCAAACGGUGACCAAUGCCAACAACCCAAAACGCAUGUUUGUUCAAACAGGAAAAGGAGCGCUGACAAGUCACGCGGUGACUCGCCUCAAAAAAGGACCAAAGUUACUUCCUCAAACACGCCCGAAAACGAGGAAAGCGAGGAAAUGGACACGAGCAAUGUGUCCAACCUCAUAACAAUUUUCGGUUCGAGUUUCUCAGGACUUCUGAGCAAGGAUGGCGCCAAACCCGAGGCUGAGGCGGAGGAUAGUGACUCUGGGUCAGGGCAAAUUUGCUGCGACCAAAUGUUGAAAAACCUAAACCCGUGGACUACGGCAAUAGUGGCUUUCUGACUGUAAAAACGUCGCAUAUGGCGUUCUGUACUGUACUUCUUAUCCGGGUUGGCCUAAAUGCUUUGGUAGCACGGGAAGGCGUGGGCUCAACGAUGUAGUGGGACUUCCCAGCAGACACGAGUGUUGCUACCAAAGUACAAGCUCAGUUUGCCCUGGAAGAUGUCUGGGUAUACCUUUCUAGGGAAGGAAAUAUCUGAAUGCUGGUGCUACUUCAUGGGAUUACACAUUUUGAAACUUAAGUGUUCACUAACCUCUGGUUCAGUUUGAAAGCCAUGGUGGUAUUAAAUUAUAUGCAAAAGUGUUAUGCUGACUAAUGAAGGUCAAUUGUCUCAUUGUCACAACUGAACCGAUUCACAGCCGGUCACACCAAACUUGAGACUGUACGAGGCUUAAGCCACUCUUUUAAUGUCUUUGUUUUAUAAAGACCUGAACAUUUUGUAAAAUCAAGUGUUUGUAUGUGUGUAUAUUGUUGCCUCAUGUUGCAUCCUGAAUCUAUGUAUUUUGGUAUUUGCUAAUAUGACCAUUUACGUGGUGCUCACGUAUUAAACAAUUAUGAAAUGA